CGCGUAUGCAUAGAACGUAGUGAUUAUAUGCUCUUUGGUAUGCAUUAUCGACAAUUUCAGGCAAAUGCUUGUUUGUUUUUCAUAUGAAAUAAAUUGUAAAUAAUAACUAAAGAGGGUUUCCCGUGACUCAUACACCGUACUUAGCAACUGCAUCAAGACAUCUAUAUCAAGAUGUCGAUGCCACACAGCAGUUCCAGUACGACAAGUUCUAGUACAAAACGCAAGGAAAUUUACAAAUACCAAGCACCAUGGCCACUUUACUCCAUGAACUGGUCAGUACGGCCAGACAAAAGAUUCCGCUUAGCCUUAGGCAGCUUUGUGGAAGAAUAUAAUAAUAAGGUGCAAAUCAUAUCGCUGGAUGAGGAGACAAGUGAGUUUGGUCCGAAAUCGACGUUUGACCAUCCAUACCCCACCACCAAGAUAAUGUGGAUCCCUGACAGCAAGGGGCAAUACCCAGACCUUCUGGCCACCAGCGGCGACUAUCUCAGAAUAUGGCGCGCAGGAGAACCCUACACUCUCUUUGAGUGUGUCCUGAAUAACAACAAGAACUCUGAUUUCUGCGCCCCACUUACCUCUUUUGAUUGGAAUGAGGUUGAUCCAAACCUCAUUGGGACGAGCAGCAUUGACACCACAUGCACUAUAUGGGGGCUGGAGACGGGACAGGUGCUGGGAAGAGUUAAUGAGGUGUCGGGACAUGUGAAAACACAGUUGAUAGCUCAUGACAAGGAAGUGUACGACAUCGCGUUCAGCCGCGCGGGCGGCGGGCGCGACAUGUUCGCGUCGGUGGGCGCCGACGGCUCCGUGCGCAUGUUCGACCUGCGCCACCUCGAGCACUCCACCAUCAUAUACGAGGACCCGCAGCACACGCCGCUGCUGCGGCUGGCGUGGAACAAGCAGGACCCGAACUACCUGGCCACGGUGGCUAUGGACGCGUGCGAGGUCAUCAUCCUGGACGUGCGCGUGCCCUGUACGCCCGUGGCGCGCCUCAACAACCACCGAGCGUGCGUCAACGGUAUCGCGUGGGCGCCGCACAGCUCAUGCCACAUCUGCACGGCGGGCGACGACCACCAGGCGCUGAUCUGGGACAUCCAGCAGAUGCCGCGCGCCAUCGAGGACCCCAUCCUCGCGUACACGGCGGCCGAGGGCGAGGUCAACCAGAUCCAGUGGGGCGCCACGCAGCCCGACUGGAUCGCCAUCUGCUACAACCGCCACGCUGAGAUACUCCGCGUCUAGGCCACCACGUCGCCAUUGGUUUAGAGCAAAAUGGAAAACCACCUCUAAUGAUAACAUUUCAGUAGGUAGCGUUGCUGUAUUUGACGCUAAUUCUGAGGGUGCUUUGACGCAGGGACCGGACAACCCUUUCAAUGGGCGUCCCUUAAACACGGCUAACACAUUGAAAGACUUUCCCUUUUGAUCUACAAGCCCAUUCAUACCCCUACCUUUGACUAACCCUUAUUGAAAAGCUAACCAAAAAUAAGGCUAGCCCUUAAUAAGGGUUACCCUUAUCUUUAAGCGUUUUUUAUAAAGGUUUCCCUUUGCGUGAAAGAGACAGGAUUAGUAUAUAUCUACGCUAGUGUAUGAAAAGGAAAGAAAAUACGUGCCUAGUCAAAGAACGCCGCCGUCGCCGCCGACGAUCGCUCGGAUUCGAAGUAAUGUGUGCUUUAUGAACGAGGUAGACGACUUAAAUUAGCACGCUUAUAUGCUAAAGGGGAAGCCCUUUAUAAGGCUAACCCUUAUAAGCAAUAUGCAAGGUGUUGGUGAGCGGAUGAUAAGGGUUUUGUAAGGGUAUUUGGGCUACCGAUUACACAAAUGUGUGUACACGAAUAUAAGGGUUUUUAAAAGCAAAAUGAAGGGUUUCGUCUGGCAAAGGGUAUGGUGAGUUAAGCCUUAUGCAAUACCCUUAUAAAACCCGGAUAAGGGAUAGCGGGCCGGUCCCUGGCUUUGAGUCAUAAUACAUUAUUCGUUAUGUCCGCCACUGUAGCGGCAAUAGACCAUGUAAGUUCACAUUGAUACGCAGUGCGUUGUCAUCGCUCUUAGUUCUACCACCACGAACUUCGAUAACGCUUUAGCUCGAGUCAAAUCCCAAGGCGAGUGACAAAAAGGCCAGCGGAAUGUGCGACUGGUAGAGCCUCCGGACGUGUUUUAUGUGAAUGCAUUCAAAAGCAAUGGUAAUGCGUGUAUCUACUUUGUAUAGAAUUUUCAUACAAAAUGUAGGUACACAAUCUGAUUGCUGUCGAAUGUGUGCUCACAUUAGUAGGCAAAACCUCAUUUAUAGAAUUAUAGUGCAAUCUUGUAAAUAUCACUGUUCCUUCUGUUCUGAGGUUCAUCAUCAUCAUGUCUGCUUACUUCCUUGUUGUAUAUUAAUCAUGAUGAUUGUAUAAUUAUUUUAUUUAUUUUAUAUCAGUAGUGAAUAAAUUUGUAUACAAUUACCAAAAAUCCAAUGAAUCUUUGCUAUUUAUACUUGAAAUGUGGAAUAGUUUUUUUUUUCCAAAAAAAGAAGCAGGGAGCCCAACAGCGGAAUGUAUAAGGAUUGUGAAAUAGUGGAAAUCGUAACAACUAACAACCACCAAGAUAGUAGUAAAAUUGACCUCGUUUUCACUAAUGUAUUUAUUUUUACGUAAUCUCAGAAAGGAGCGAAGCGCGAGAUGGUUUGUAUUUUAUCCUACUGCGGUGUCCUCUGAUAGACACUUUCUGGUAAAACACCAGAUAAAGAAUCCUUCAAACCUUAAAGGGGAAAACUAUGAAUGGUCUGAAGCCUAUAGACAAGACUUGGUAUCACUGAAGUAUAUUGACGUGGAUGUUUAAAAUAUAAGGUGAGAUAAUAAUUCGGUCUCAAUCGUGUAAAUGACACUAUGCAUUUAAAUUUGAUUUAAAUAAGAUCCCUACCUUGAACCAAAUGAAUCCCAAAAUAUAUUUUAGGAUUGUUGUCAGUGUGUGUCUAUAGAUACAAUUUUUCUAGAUAGACAUUAUAUACUUCAAAAAACGCUAUAAACAUAGUAACUACAAAAUAUAGUUGGAAUUCGUCCAUCGGCAUUUGUGUGAGAUAAAGACUCCUGAACGAACAUGAGGUUAUAUGUUUUAUAUAGUUUUUUAAAGUUGAUAAAAUCUUCCAUAAUAAUGAGUAGUAUAAUGAAACAACAAUUGACUGUUCAUAAAUAGCGAUUUUUAUUUACGCAGUCGUAAAUAUCGCUGUACCUAUGUAAAAAAAUACUUUCGUAAAGGGUUUUCUUAAAUGUGAUUAUUUUUAUAAAGAUUGCCUGUGAUGUAACCUGCAGCAAUAUACCUAUUAAAUUGCAAUGGAGUUUACAUUAUAAUUGCAGGCAAAUUUAU